GCUUUAUCUCUGUUGGGCUUCAUUUCAUACUUUUACAGCUAGAUCCUAGAGAAAGAAGAAUCAUCGAUCUCCAGAAUGAACUGGUGGGAAUACAUUAUGCAGUAGCCUUAUGGGGAUAGGCAGACAGGGCCUAUCUUGUAGCUAUCCAAACUCCAAAGGCCACAUCAGUUCAUGUCACUGGGCCUAAUGAAGUCCAAGCAUAAUUUCUUACUGGAAGACUGUUCUGUAAAAAAGGUUUAACAAUUUCUAGACUUGCAGAAGUACCAGAAAUAACUGACUUAUAACUUCCAAAUUCAAGACCCAAAGCUCGACUCUUCUCUGCUAUUCUCAUUCAUCAAUUUUCAACUCUCUCUCUCUCUCUCUCUCUCUCUCGGUGAAACUAUUUGCAAUGGAAAAUGUUGGCAAGAAAGAAGAAGGGGUGCCCAAGUCGACACCAUCGUCACCAUCCAUGGGCAUUCACAGGGAUUCAAGAACAAUAUCCAAGUUCUACACCAGAAGGACCAAGACCACUCGGGUGGAACGAUUCCAAGAUUUGUUUACAACCCACAACGACCCAAAUAGUUCUACUUCAACUCCUCCUCCUCCUCCUCCUCCUCUUCCUUCUCCUCCCCCUCCUGUUCUGUUUGACCAGCAAGAAGUAGUGACUGAAGAAGAAAAGACUUAUUAUGUGGACUGGAAUGAGUAUCAUGAUUGGCCUGGUUUCUUUAAAGACCUUAGGGAAGCAAUCAAUGAUGGUUUCUUUGAUGACAUUAUGAUCAAUCCAGAGAAAGACCCUAAUAAGAAAGUUCAACAAGAGAAACUCCCUGAUACUCAGAGUUCUGAAUCUGUGAUUGCUGAUAAGGUUCAAGAGAAACUCCCUGAUACUCAGAGUUCUGAAUCUGUAACUGCUGACAAAGUUCAAGAAAAACUCCCUGAUACUCAGAGUUCUGAAUCUGUGAUUGCUGAUAAGGUUCAAGAAAAACUCCCUGAUACUCAGAGUUCUGAAUCUGUAACUGCUAACAAAGUUCAAGAAAAACUCCCUGAUACUCAGAGUUCUGAAUUUGUAACUGCUGACAAGGGAACUUCCCCUUUUGAGAGUCUCAAGAAACAAUCUCAUUUUGAGACUGCUCAUCCUGCUAAUAAGCUCCUUAAUUCAGUAAGCCCAAAAGAUUAUGCGAGCAGAAUUUCUGGUGCUGAUUACUUCUCCAUCCCUAAAGUGUCAAAAUCAUCGUCUUCUGCUGCUGUUGGAACUCGCGACACUGAUAUUAGAGAUUCUGGUUUCCUUCAAAACCUUCUUUACUGGCAAGCCAAUCUGAUCGACCCAGGAAAAACCCGUGAUAAGACAACUGAAAUAGAAGAAUAUCAAGAGAAAUCCUAUAUGUCCAAGUAUGGUAUCUAUGGAAGCAUUCCUACUGGAACAGAAACCAUUGACCCUCGCGGAGAAGAAUCGAUGCACCAUCGACCUGUUCCAGCACUUAUAUCAGGCAUGGCUACUGCAUCUGAAGGACUGCAGGAGAACACAGCUGAGGUUCAGAAGCAAGCACUCCCAGUUGAAUCCCCCGGGAAGUUUCAUAAGAUAAUGUACGGUAUCUGGCAGCGUCACAGUGAGAAGUAG